AAUAGUUUUCGUGAGGAUUGUCAACCAUUUGAGAGCAGAAGUACCUCAUCAAAUGAACAGAGUAAGCAAGUUGGUAAUUCCUUACCUAAAAGUGUAUCUACCCGGCGUCACUAUUUAAAGAACCAAGACCAAAGUGAAUUAUGUGUUUCUGAUGGUAACAAUUUAGAAAUAACUGACCAGAUUAAAGAAUCUUGUGAACAAGACAAAACUAGACCUGAGAAAGAUCUAGAGAUUCAUAAUGAACAGUUCGAAGAAGUCCAUCCUUGUACAGAGAAUAUGUAUGAUACAAACAGAGAUCAAAGCUUGGUGUGUUCAUAUAUGCUGACUGAAUCCAGUACAUCAACAACUGAUCUAAAGGAAACUAAUUUUAAUAGUAUUGGUGAUUCGCAAACACAGAAGGAGAGAGGUCAAAAAAGGAAACUGGAAGAAGUGAAAAAUCGUUCCAGGACAAGAUCAAAAAAGAAAAGUCAGAGUAAGCGUUCCUGUUCCAAAGAAAAAUCAGAUUCAUCUGUGGGCUCCAGUGAUGCUUAUAACUUUAUUUUUGAGGAGAGCAUCCAUAUUACACCUUUCCGACAGAACAAAAAAAAUGAGAAUAUCACAGACAAUAAAAGUUAUGUAGAAGAAAUGUGUAGUGAUUUGUCAUCAGACGAUAACUCUGAUGACAGUCUCUAUGUGCCUUACAAAAACAAAUCAAAAUCUGGGGAAACAUUAAGCCAUGGAAGCGAUGCAGCCCCAGUAUGCACAAGAUGGCAAUCCAAAACUACUGUUUCAGAACAGCAUGAAAGAACUACUGAAGGAAAAAUGUCUAUAG